AUCUGCAUGUACAUAUAUACCUAUUAGCAUUGUAUCUAACUGUCCAGUGUUGAGAUGGAGAUGAGUGGCCUCAUGAGUGUUCUGCUGGUCACAUCAGCAGCCUUGCUGUUUAUAGCUAACGGACAGAGCAACUAUGAUAUGUUGAGGGAGGUUGACAAGAAACAUGUUGACAUGGCUAUAAGAUAUGCAAAUAAGAAUAGUGAGUUUCAGAAAAACAAAAAAGAGCACCUCAAUUUUUUUCAACUUCUUGGACAACCUGAGAUCAAUGGUCGGGAAUUUAAUAUCAACUUGUUGUUGAAAGCAACAGAAUGCACUAAGGCCAGUAGUGAUAGUGAACAUAAACAUCACCCUGAAUGUCACUUUAAAUCCAGAAGGCCCUAUAUAAACUGUGUUGUUUGCAGCAAAGACUUCCAUGACAGCACUGACCCCUACAUUGACUGUGUUCUCCAAAAAGAUGUGAAGAAGCAAGAUGACAUCCGACAUAACAAGUGUUCACCUCUUCAACAUGGAGGGUAUUCAAUUUUAGCCUUACGUGACAAAGAAGACCUUCAGACUGGAUGCCUUGGCUGUUUCUGAUAACUAAUGAAAGUACUUGUCCAGCACUGAUGGUCAGAGGCUGUCCUUAUAAAGCACUUCUGUCUUUGGAUUUAUAAUGUAGCCUUUUGGGAGUUUCGGUUGGAAUUUGCAACACAAUUCAAUUGUCUCAAACUCUUUCCAAUUUUGAAUCCCUUUUAUUAUCGUAAUCCACAUAGAUAAAUAUUCUAAACGUACCCUUUUCUGAUUCUCCACAUAUAUUUAAAGAAAAAGGGAGAGAACAGUCUGCUACUUAGUAUUCACAUGGAUUACCCCACCGCUUAUUUCAAUGUUGUACGUUUACGAAAUAAUAUUACUGUUGAAAGUAAAGCUUACUCUAAUUUAACCAGUAUGAGGGGUGAAAAAUGAUUGCAUCAAAUGAAAUAAACAAAUGAAAUAAGGAUGUUAUUGGAUUCUUUUUUUCUACAAUUUUGGGAAGACAAUUGCCUGUAUGUCUUGCAGUGUAAAAUGAUUGCAGCUCUGUUUCUACUUCUCUCAGGGCAGAGUGCCUACAGUCUCAUCUCUGGACAGCCAGGUCUGCCUGUGACAGCAGACCACUACCAGGUUUUUAUAGGUAACAUAAUGAACUGGUCUGGGCCCUAUGGCCAGGCUGUGUUCACUGAGUCUGCACAUUGUCAAUUCAGUAUUUUCCUCAGUCACUGUGAUCAUAUGUCUGCCAUCAUGUACAACUGUGUCUGUAGACAAAACAGCAUUAAAGUUUGCUUUGGGUUUUGCCUUUCCAAUAGGUGAUAUUUUUAUUUUAGAUUUGUUUACGGGUUGGUUAACAACAACCGACAAGUGAGCAACUAUUGGGCAAAAGACGGAAUUGGCUUAUUUUGAUGGGUGGAUCAGCUUUAAUUUUGCAGAAGGAUUUCUUCCAUCAAUGUAAUUGUCUGCAUCAUUUCCAAUCCACCAUAAAUGUUUUUGAAUAUACCUUUAUUUUUCCCCGCAAACCCUACCACCCCUCCCCCAAUUGGAGUAAACAAAUAAACAAAAACACUUUGGCUCUACCUAAGGUUUAUACAUUUUACAGACAAUCCAUUUUACAAUAGUUAUAUUUUGUUUGUUUAGUCCUUCCUCUAUUUCUGAUGUCCAUCCAGUUUGAUUUCUAUUUGUAACUGUGCUAUUUCACAACAUUUCUGAACCUAUAUACAGUUGUUAUUAGUCACUCCAUUUAACCCCUCCCAUCUCUUAACAUCAUCCAUUUUGGAUUUCUAGUUGCCAUAUUUUUCAACUGUGCUGUGAUGCUUCACAAAAGUACUGAACCAGCUUCUACAGAUUUGUAAAUUAGUGAAUUUUUUUUUGCUAAAAUAAAUGACUUUUCAAAUCA